AUGCAGAACCUGCUUCUUUUGGCAGACCAAUUGGUCUCCCGGUUGGAGUUUAUCCACUCUAGGAACAUUAUUCACGGAAAUCUAAAUCCCCUGUCGUUUGCAUUCGGUGGCUCAGUUUGGCAGAAGCAGCAGGUGCUUCUAGUGGAUUUUAAUACCGAUAGUGGACCAGACUCCACGGCUCGCAAUGAUCUUCUCGCGGUGGGUCAGAUUCUCUCCUACUUUUAUAGCAGCGCAGAUUCCUGGGAUCAAUAUCAACAGCAGCAGAAUCAGGAGGCCACUGCGCCUAUUUUCCACGAUGCACACUAUGAUCUGGUCCUCCACCUAGAGAUCGCGCUGGACCUGAAAGGUCCUCGAGUAAUGAGAGAUAACAUUUUGCCGAAAAUUGGGGCACUUUCUGCGAUGAAGAACGCAGACCUUUUUGGGAGACUCGACACUACUCUCUCGCAUAUUGGGCAACUGUGUGGGGAUCCUACGUCACCUUUGCCAUCCAAGGCAUGGCCCGAAUUGCUGGAUACUCUUGACGACCUACUAUUCGUUUACACUAUUUUAAUUUCUCGGGAUCGGCGAUCAUCCGAAAAGAAAUUGCAAGUAAUGGAGGCGUAUCAUCUCCCAAAUCGACUAUGGAGAGACCUACAAUGGCUGCUAAAAAGGACUGACAACGUAUCGGGCGCUUUGCAGUUUGCGGUGAUCGGUAAAACCUACCACUUUAUAGCUACACUUUAUGAAGCCUACCCGUCGAGCAGGGCAUUCUGGGUCAGAUAUCUUUUAGUUCUUGCUCGUGCAAGGAAGGAUAUUGAACCAAUUUGCGGGAAGUCGGCAUGGACCCAAGCAAUUUCUUUCUGGCAGGACGUCUCUAAUAAGCUCAAGUCCGAAAGGGCAUUCCAAAGUCGCCGUGAAUGUUGA